AUGCCAACCGCCAGAUAUCCAAUGGAAAGGCCUCAAGAACCUGAGUACGAAUGCGUUGAUAUCUACAAACAACCUUCGCUACAACACCCUAAACUCCAAAAUCACCAAAUCCAAAUGAGACCGAGCGACGAAGUUCUAGCCAUGCUAUCAGGAGAUACAUCAGCAAACGAUGAAAUGGUUGCUGAGUUUGAUAUACCAGAAGAAGGAUGUCCUCAAGGACAAGUACCAAUCCAUAAACCAAGAAAUCUCAACCACACCGAGAAACCUUUAAGCCUAUUAAUGGAUAUGGAACUGUUGGCUGCAGUAAUGAAGAAAAUCGAUGCCACCCCAUGGCGUGGAGCAUCUGCAUGGUUUAGUAUUUACCAACCUAAAUUGACAAAUAAAGACCAAUUUAGCAUGAGUUUUAUGUGGCUCAAUACUGAGUAUAAUGGCGAACGCACCAAUGCCCAGUUUGGUUGGGCUGUGAUUCCUGCAUUAUAUGGCGAUGACCGUACAAGACUUACGGCAUACUGGAGUCCGGAUAAAAUCGAAAACGGAUGUUACAAUAUACAAUGUAAAGGCUUCGUUCAAACUGACCAUAGAGUCGCUCUUGGUACCGGUUUUUCGAACACCUCUGUGGUGGGAGGCAACCAAUAUAAAGCUUUCUUUGCAAUCAGUCAGGAUCCAAAAACAAAGAAUUUGUGGCUGACAGUCCAGAAGAUUAACAUAGGGUAUUGGCCAGAGGAACUUCUACCUUUUUUCAAUGAUGGAGCGGAGUCAGUUAUAUAUGGUGGAUUCACGAAUGCUCCAUCUGAUAACAUUCAACUCUUUGAAAUAGUUAGCCCACCUAUGGGUAACGGGAACAAACCGCUGGAUGAGGAAGUGGAUCUAAAACAUACUUGUUAUAUGCACUCUCUUAAGUAUGUGACACCAGAUUACAAGAGUGUCGAUGUUGAUUCCAACAAGGUCGCCGAAGUUGCGGACGCAGGUAUAUGUUACGACGCGAUUUAUUUUGAUAAACUUGGGCGGUAUGGACAAACGUUUACCUUCGGUGGACCAGGUGGUUAUUGUGAUGUUUGA